UUAGGUGGUGACUUUCACGUUGUUAAGAUGAAUAUUCUCUUGAUAAUAUCCUCGCUGUUAACCGUUGCUGUUGUUGCACAGGAACCGUCUAUAUCCUGCACAUUCUUCGACGGUUUCGAAGCGUACGGCUGUAAUCUAAACAUCAACAAUCCCAAUGGCUUCAAUGAUUUUACCGAAAUCGGCGGUAUCCAUUUGGAGGGAUUUUCAAGUGAUGACGUUGAACUAUUGUACAUAAACAGUGGAGUGAGUUCUAAUGUACCGAGCAUUCUAUGCGAAACUUUCCCAAAUCUGAUUUCGGUCAGUCUUUACGCUAUGGGUGCGACUGGAAUUGACGACAGUUCGUUCCGUGGCUGUUCGCGGAUGACUUCACUAAAUUUAGCAUCGAAUCAGAUAAGCACGGUGUCUGCUAACGCUUUUGCUGACUUGACCGCCCUUCGGUCUCUAUACCUAGACAGCAAUGCACUAACAGCAUUACCUGAAAAUGUGUUCGAAAAUCAAGACGAAUUGACGAAUUUAGAUUUGAGCUUCAAUUCAUUCAGCACUAUUCCAGCUGGUCUUUUCCGACCACUUGAGAAUCUUCAAAGCCUUUUCUUGGCCUACGCAAACAUUGAUGUAAUUAACAGCCAAUGGUUUGAAAGCAACGGUCAACUAGAUUUCUUGUACCUGGUAGGUAACAGACUAUCUAUUUCGGUUGAUAGCUUCACUGGCUUGAAUGGGGUACAAACUCUCAUUAUGGGAUAUAAUGGUAUUUCCGAAAUUCCCGUUGGAGCACUAUCGCGAAUGCCAAAUCUUCGAUAUUUAUACAUCAAUGGAAACAAUUUUGUCGAACUACCAGAAAACAUAUUCACUGGCCUGGACGAAUUAAUCACUCUCGAUAUUAGCGACAAUCCACUAACCAUUAUUCAUGAUGGAGCUUUUCGAGGACUUGAAAAUCUCGAUGAGCUAGGCUUGUCUAACUGUCGUUUACGCAAUUUACGUGCAACUUCUUUCGAGAAUUUGACAAAUGUGACUUUCCUUUCGUUAAACUUUAACGACAUUGAGGAACUUCCCGAGGGUCUUUUUGAACCUACUCCAAAUCUGCGAUACCUCGGUCUGUGGUAUAAUCGUUUGAAGGUACUGCGCAGAAACGCAUUCGGAACAAUAACAGACUUGGAAUCGCUGGGAUUGGAUGGGAACAUAAUCAAUGCAAUCGACAGAGCGAUCAUUGACGAUGCUGAGAAUCUAAUUUCACUUUUCUUCAGCGGAAAUUUAUGUGCGAGCGAAUAUUUUGCAAACUUCCAGCUGAGCAGAGCUCAGUACUUGCCCAUGCUAGAGAGAUGUUUUAGAAAUAUGAGAUACAUCAUCGAUACAACAACUGAAGGUGAACAAUACGCUUUCUUUGAUGGGCCGCAACCCGGAAUAGCCUUACGCGUCAAUGCGGACAGUGAAAUACAGAUCGCCCUCACACCAUUCCCGUUCGUAUGGAACCCAGUGGUCGAAAUAUUUAUCGGUAGAGCAAACAACACGUUGUCCGCGAUGCGUUUCAAUCAAGAGACUGAUGUUGCUGUCGUACCAACACCGAAUAUUAUCAGACAGGAACAGUGGAACGAUUUUCGAGUUACUUGGGCGAAUCAAGUAAUCAUGGUUUUCGGGGGUAAUGACAGUUUUCCAUUCAUGAGUUACACAAUGGAAAGCUUUGUACCAGUCAAUUUUUAUGGUCUGAGAGCUGUUGAUUCAAUAGCAAACUGGAGCGUUCAACCUCUUGACUUUUAGCGGCUAUGGCGAUAAUCCUGGACAUUGAGAUGAAUAUUAGGAAUUUGUAAAAUGUUAGUUUUUAGACAAUUGGUCAAAAUAAAAGUCGUGUUGUACUGCCACAUA